AUGACUGCUGCUGAGCUUGUGAAUACCAAGCAGGAAAAAGAUGAAACGUUACGCGCGUUCAUGCAACGAUACAACGAGACGGCCCGGCGUGUGAAAGAUAUCAAUCACACCUUUAUCAUCAGCAAUCUACCCUCGUGCUUAAGGCCAGGAUAUUUUGCGGAACAAUUAUACGCUGACCCUCCAGCAUCCAUGGAAGAACUGCAAUCCACAGUUGCGAAGUUCAUCCACAUCGAGGAUCUCCGCAAUUCUCGGAAGAAACAGAAACAGGAUACCUCCAGCCAUGAUGUAAAGAAAACCGCAAAGCGAUCAACCAACGACUAUAAAUCAGACCGACCGCCCCGAAAAGAGUCAAGGUGGACGCCUAAGUACGAUCGCUACGCGACCCUCAACGCACCCAGAGCAAAGGUGCUUGAGGAGGCCUUGCACGCCGAACUCCUAACUGUGCGGCGACGAGCUACUCCCAAGAACGCGAAUAGCAGCAAGGCCUGCCGUCUCCACAUGAAUCAUGGACAUGACACAGAAGAAUGCAACUUGGUGAAGGACGAGCUGGAGCGACUCAUCCGAGCAGGCUACCUCCAGAACUACGUUAAAGACAGAAUCUCUACCCGAGCCACAACUCCUCACCGUAAGGAUCCCUCCAGACGGAGCCCUGAGCGAUCUCCUCCCAGGGAUGACCGACGCCGCAGGCGGUCGCGCAGCCCACCCCGACGGACGGAAAGAGAGCGUUCAGUCCGAGGUCGAAUUGACACUAUAUCGGGUGGAUUCGCCGGGGGGGAGUGUUGUCCUCUGCCAGAAAACGGCAUCUAA